AGAGACAAACUCAAACCAAGAAUAGUUGCAAAUAAUUGAAGCGCAACCAUAGUUCAUGAUUUGUUUUUUCCAUACAUUUGUCACAAGUAGCAUUUGCAUAUCCAAGUAGUCUGCGACAUCAUUACAUAGACAUAUUAGAGAUCUUUCCAAACGUUUACGCGUUUGGUCCAAACGUUUAGUUCCGGGGGUGCAGUUUAGAUUCUGGUAUGUUAACCAAAAGCUUUUAUCAUACUGAGUUCUGCGAUUUCCAAUUCUAUUUUAAUUUUUUCUUCAAAAACUGUAAACUAACGACGACUCCAGAGUAUCCAAGUAAGAGUAAGUACC